AUGUCGCAUUUGCGACCAAGUCAAUUAUCCGGCCUUCUUCGCAUUUGCGAUAGGCCUGUCGCAUUUGCGAAUACUGCAUUUGCGAUACUUGUGUCGCAUUUGCGACUUCAGGACUUUUGGGAUGGAUUGACACCGGCCUCACAUAGAACAUUGAGCCAUGCAGAUGGAGGCCCGUUGAUGAAGAAGACUCCAGAGGAGAUAGUCACAAUUCUUGAUGAGUUAUCUAAUGAUGAAAAUUACUGGCCCUCUGAGAGUGCUGAAAGAAAAAGAUCAAAUAGUGUUCACCAAGUUAAUGCUAAUACAUCUGUGCAGAGAAGCAAAUGGGGGAAAAUUGUAACAAUAUUAUCUGAGAGGAUUCCAGGAACUCUCCCAACUGAUACUGAAAGAAAUCCCAAGGAAAUAGUGAAUGUUGUGACUUUGAGAAGUGGGCAAGUGUUGAAAGAUCCCACCUCGAUCCAAAAAGAUAUGAUACUAAAAAAAGAAAGUGGGGAGAAGCUGAAAAGUAAUGAUGAUAAGAAGAAUAAUGGAAAGAAGGGUGCUGAGAAAAAGAAGAAGGAAGAGAAUUCGAUAAAGGAGAAACAUGAUGUGAGUGAACAUAUGCCUGCUUUACCCUUCCCUCAAAAGCUAUUUAGAGAAAAGCAAGACAAGCGGUUUGAGAGAUUACUGGAUAUGCUGAAACAGGUUAAUGUGAACUUACCAUUCACAGAAGUACUCUCACAAAUGCCAGCUUAUGCUAAAUUCUUGAAAGAGAUCCUAACAAAGAAGAGGAAAACAGAGGAGACCUCAGUGGUUAAGCUCACAGAGCAUUGCAGCUAUUGCAAAAAUAAACUCCCACAAAAGAAACUAAAGAAGGAGAUCGGAGAGAUAAGGUCUGCACCAAUAUCUUUGCAGCUGGCAGACCAAACGACUUUAAUACCCGAGAGGAUAGUGGAAAAUGUCUUAGUUCGGGUGGAUAAGUUCGUAUUCCCUAUAGAUUUUAUAGUGGUGAAGAUGGAGGAGAAUAAGGAGGUCCCCCUCAUACUAGGAAGACCAUUCUUAGCAAUGGGAAGAGCUAUUUUAGAUAUUAAAGAAAGAAAACUCAUGCUUGGAGUGGGAGAAGAGACUGUGACGUUCAAGAUGGAUGUAGAAAAGGGGCACAGGGUGAUUUCGAGUGAUGUAGAUGCUAUGGAGCUAAUUCAAGCUAUUUGGAGCUUUGAAGACUGA